GAUUGGAUGUGGAAGAAUCGACCUUUCUACGAGUUGGUGGAAUGGAUGCGAAAGCGGGCUUCUUCGGAUGGUCCCUAUGUCUUUGGCAUGGAUUGCUAUUGCAAAGAAGAGGCCAAGGAGGAGGUUCUCAAUUUCUUUGACUUCUACGAUCGCGAUAAUCUCGGGUUUCACUUGCGUGGCCCACCGGCCCCGGCCCGGCGCCUCAGUCGUGCGGCGCAGUCGGACGAUCGGGGCGUGAACAUUACGGAUCUGACAGAUGUCACAGAUGUCCAUGAGCCCGUGAAGCACGAGGAGCCUUGGACACUGCAGCAGCUCAUCUCGAUCGUGAGCGGCUUCAUCGGGUCAAUCCUUUCGUUGAAUGCUUAUUCGCAGCUGCGAGAGGCCACCAAGCAGCGCGAGGCCAUCGCUCGUGUGAACACAUCUCAGCGAGCUCAGUCAAGCAGUCUGAGCACCUAUAACAGGUUGGGUGGGUCUUUACUGGAUGCGGAAGCCGAGUCGCCCCUGUUCUCCCUGGGCCCAGUGCCAGCAUGUACUGCAGCUUCAAACCUGCAGGGGGCAGACCGCCACUUCACGAUCAUUACCACCGCAGCGCUUCCAUGGCGAACCGGGACGGCAGUGAACCCACUGUUACGGGCGCUGUACUUGGCCAAGCGCGGCAAGCCUGUGGUCCUCUUUCUGCCCUUCUUGGAGGGGGAACGCGAUCAGGGCUUUGUGUUUCCCAAAAAUGUGCGCUUCGAUUCUCCCGAGGAGCAGGAGGUUGUGGUCAGGGAAUGGUGCCAGGAGCGUGCCAAGGUGAAUCUUGACACCAUGGACCUGAAGUUCCGGUGGUACCCCGCCAAAUAUGUCGUGUCAGUUGGGAGCAUUUUUCCAACCGGCGACUGCACCAAGAGCAUUGUGGACUCCGACCCCAAGGAUGUCUUAAUUCUGGAGGAGCCGGAGCACCUCUGCUGGUUUCAUUACGGUCAGCGCUGGCCGGACAUUUUCAGACAUGUCAUUGGCAUCGUGCACACCAACUAUUCAGACUACAUGAACAUUGUCAACUCAUCCUCGAGUUGGAUGGCGGGCACCAUGCCGGUGGAGUUCAAGGAAGCCUCCGUAUUUGCAGCGUCCACCGUUGUGUGCAGUGCCUACUGCGAUGUGAAUAUCAAGCUGUCAGACACCAUCAUGCCGCUACCCAACGAGGUGACGUGCAAUGUCCAUGGUGUGAGGUCUGACUUCCUGGACAUAGGAGACAGGAGCCACACACAACGCGAGGGCGCCGCAAAGGCUUACUACCUUGGGAAGGCGCUGUAUCCAAAGGGAUGGCGCGAGCUUUUGGACCUGAUCACCACAGCUGGUCCUGACCUGGCCGGAAUCAAAGUGGAUGGCUACGGGUCAGGCCCAGACUUUGAGAGCAUUCUGAAGGAGACCGCGGCCCUGUCCGAAGAAGGGGCGCUGAUCAACAUGAACCCUGGCAUCGACCACGCCGACCAGAAGAUUCACGGGUAUGGCGUCCUGGUCAACCCCUCCACCACGGAUGUGUUAUGCACGGUCAGUGUGGAAGCGCUUGCAAUGGGAAAGCAUCUGGUGCUAGCUCGCCAUGUAUCCAAUCAGUUUUUUGAGCAGUUCAAGGACAGAUGCCACUUCUUUGAGAUUGGUGAUGCUGACAGCUUUGUGAAGGCGUUCAAGGCCGCCCUAGCUGCAGGCGACCCGAGCCCACUUCCUCCGGAGCAACGCCGCAUCCUAACCUGGGACGCGGCCGUCGACCGACUCUUUGACUCUGCUGAGGUGCGUGUGCUCUCCGGCCCAUUCCAACGGCCCUCCGAAGCUGCUGCAUCCAGAUUGGCCUACCAGCUGCACUUCGACGUCUUCAAGGAUGGCUCAGUACUUGCUGACAUCAUCCGCAAGACGACCUUUGGGUCCGACGAGACGGCGGAGACUCCCUGGGAUGAGUAUUUCCAAGAGUGGCGGAAGACACAGCUGAGUGUGCUAAAACAAGAGGCGCGGAAUUUCCAAAGGCAGCUGGCAGGGCAGACCUCCCACCUCCUGGAGUAUGAGACCUACUUGAAGGCCGCAGCUGCUGAAUUGAUCUUCUAUUUUGUGCGGCGGCACCAGAAGACGACUGCAGAUGGCACCUGUGGUAGCAUUGUGCUGGCUUCAAAGAAGUUCAGGGGAUGCUCAAAGCUUGACCAGUUCAACGUGGAGCAGAAUCUGGAGUGCAUGAUUGCUGCGGAUGAAUAUUAUUCCAAACAGCGGCUGGAGCCCCCAGGUUCCCGUGCGAGCUGGAAUGCCCGGGACCAGCACAUGAUGACCACCAUCCUCCGUCUUCGGGCACACUCCCGGGAGCUCUUUGGGCUGGACGAGAAGGAUUUGAAGAUCAUCGUGUGGGCGCACAACUCGCACGUGGGUGAUGCCACUGCUACGCCUAUGGGAGGGAUGAAUUUCGAGCGAAAUGAGAAGUGGAACUUGGGACAGAUGUGCCGGAACACCCUUGAGUCGGUAUUCAUCGUGGGCUUCUACUCCUUCAGCGGUGAGGUCAGAGCAGCCAAGAAAUGGGGUGGCGAAGGACAGGUCAUGUCACUCAUGCCUGCCGUACCCUAUUCCUUCGAACAUCGGCUUCAUGAAUGGUUCCCAGACACACGCGCCCAGUUUCCUCUGCACAAGUUUCGUGAGGUUUCAAAGAGGUUCGAGUAUGUCCCUCAGAAGUUUCCUUUGAACGUGGAAUACCGCGCUCUCCAUCCCAUGGUCGCUGCUUCAUUUCAGGUCAUGAUCCAAAGCCAAGCCGCAGAAGCGGAAGAAGCUGGCGCGGAUGGGGCGGAGGGCUCGCUGAGGACACUGGAUCCAACCAAGCCCUUCACCGCUGUGAGCCGAACUCAACUAGGGAAGAAUGGCGAAGUGGUUCGCCUUCAAAUUCGUGGCUACGACCGGGGCCAGUAUGACGGCUGGUGGGUGACCGAGUACACCAAGCAUGGAUCCAGAACCAUACACUGCUUGCCUUCCAGUCACUUAAAUGCCCUCUCCGGGCCGCUUUCUACGCCGGAGAAGGCAAGGACACUCGCCAAUUUUCCGAUCCUCCAACGGUGGGUCGGCGUACAGUACCAUCCAGAAACAGAGAUUGAGUCCCACUAUGGCGAAAUGGCUAUUGCAAAAUGCUAUGACCUGGCCGUAUUUGUGGACAAGACUCGGGCCCUGGAUAUAGACAUGACGGCGGCAGCGCCACUGCCCGUCUCGGCUGCUUUGAGCGAGGGUGACAAGCCCGCUGCGGAUGCUGCAGUAUCCGGCUCCGGCCGUCACAACCGGCGGUUGGUAAUGGAGUACCGACGGAUUCUGAAGAAUCCCAUUGAGUACAUCGAAGCACGCCCGCUGGACACAAACGUCUUGGAAUGGCACUUCGUGAUCACUGGAAACCAGGAUCCGUACACAGGUGGUAAAUACCAUGGUAUUUUGGAGUUUCCGGACGAUUUUCCCAUGAAGCCUCCCUCGAUCAAGAUGCUAACCCCAAGCGGUCGGUUCGAGAUUAACAAGCGUAUCUGCCUGUCCAUGAGUGACUUCCACAAAGAGUCCUGGAAUCCCAGCUGGACGGUGGAGAAAAUUUUGAUUGGCCUUAUGAGCUUCAUGUACGAGGAGAACUCCGUUUCCAUUGGCUCUAUAUUGGAGCCCAAAGAGGAUCGACGGAGAUAUGCUGCUGCGUCAGCUUAUUUUAAUGCCCAGAACGAGAUUUACGUGCAGCUGUUCCAGACGCCUGAUGAAGCAGAGGAGGAGGAUAACAUCCGAAAGCUGCUCAGGGUUGCUGCCGAGGGCGACGUUUCAGAGACUGAUAAGGCCUGUAGAUAUUGUCUGGUGGAGUCGGGCGACCUGGUUUCUCCCUGCGAAUGCAAGGGCAGCGGCCAGUGG